AGUUCCCUGUGGGAGGCUGUUUUCUGAGGGAGCUGAGUGUUUACAGCCACUCAGCCCUACUCCGCUCAGCUGAAGCAGAAAACAGAGACCUUUUGCAUUACUUUGGUUCAAGAGCAAGACAGGAGGCGACCGCAUGAGACCAUGGCUGAGACACCUAGUCCUCCAGGCACUGAGGAACUCCAGGGCAUUCUGUGGGUCUCGUGGGCAGCCAGCACCUCUACCUGUUCCUCAGAAGAUCGUGGCCACCUGGGAAGCCAUCAGCCUGGGAAGGCAGCUGGUGCCUGAGUACUUCAACUUCGCCCAUGAUGUGCUGGAUGUGUGGAGUCGGCUGGAAGAGGCUGGACACCGCCCCCCAAAUCCUGCCUUCUGGUGGGUCAAUGACACAGGAGCAGAGAUCAAGUGGAGCUUUGAGGAGCUGGGGAAGCAGUCCAGGAAGGCAGCCAAUGUGCUGGGGGGUGCAUGCGGCCUGCAGCCUGGGGACAGAAUGAUGCUGGUACUCCCACGGCUCCCGGAGUGGUGGCUGGUCAGUGUGGCUUGUAUGAGGACAGGGACUGUGAUGAUUCCGGGUGUCACUCAGCUGACGGAGAAGGACCUCAAGUACCGGCUGCAGGCGUCCAGGGCCAAGUCCAUUAUCACCAGUGACUCCCUAGCUCCAAGGGUGGACGCCAUCAGCGCCGAAUGCCCCUCCCUCCAGACCAAGCUGCUGGUGUCAGACAGCAGUCGGCCAGGCUGGUUGAACUUCAGGGAACUCCUCCGGGAGGCAUCUACAGAGCACAACUGCGUGAGGACAAAGAGUCGAGACCCACUGGCCAUCUACUUCACCAGCGGAACCACCGGGGCCCCCAAGAUGGUCGAGCACUCCCAGAGCAGCUACGGACUGGGUUUUGUGGCCAGCGGAAGACGGUGGGUGGCCUUGACCGAAUCAGACAUCUUCUGGAACACGACUGACACUGGCUGGGUGAAGGCAGCCUGGACUCUCUUCUCUGCCUGGCCUAAUGGAUCUUGCAUUUUUGUGCAUGAGCUGCCCCGAGUUGAUGCCAAAGUUAUCCUGAAUACUCUCUCCACAUUCCCGAUAACCACCCUCUGCUGUGUCCCAACCAUCUUUCGGCUGCUUGUGCAGGAGGAUCUGACCAGGUACCAGUUUCAGAGCCUGAGGCACUGUCUGACCGGAGGAGAGGCCCUCAACCCUGACGUGAGGGAGAAGUGGAAACGCCAGACCGGUGUGGAGCUGUACGAAGGCUAUGGCCAGUCUGAAACGGUUGUCAUCUGUGCCAAUCCAAAAGGCAUGAAAAUCAAGUCUGGAUCCAUGGGGAAGGCGUCCCCACCCUACGAUGUGCAGAUUGUGGAUGAUGAGGGCAACGUCCUGCCUCCUGGAGAAGAGGGGAAUGUUGCCAUCCGUAUCAGACCCACCCGGCCCUUCUGUUUCUUCAAUUGCUAUUUGGACAAUCCUGAGAAGACAGCUGCGUCAGAACAAGGGGACUUUUACAUCACAGGGGACCGAGCUCGCAUGGACAAGGAUGGCUACUUUUGGUUCAUGGGAAGAAACGACGAUGUGAUCAAUUCUUCAAGCUACCGGAUCGGGCCUGUUGAAGUGGAAAGUGCCCUGGCAGAGCAUCCUGCUGUCCUGGAGUCAGCUGUGGUCAGCAGCCCAGACCCCAUCAGGGGAGAGGUGGUAAAGGCAUUUAUAGUCCUUACUCCAGCCUACUCCUCUCAUGACCCAGAGGCACUAACGCGGGAACUCCAGGAGCAUGUGAAAAGGGUGACUGCUCCGUACAAAUACCCGAGGAAGGUGGCCUUUGUUUCAGCUGCCAAAGACGGUUUCUGGAAAGAUCCAAAGGAGUAAAUUGCGAAGUCAGGAGUGGGGGAAAUGAGGUGCAACCCCAGGAAGGCCCCGUAGACCUCCGAAGACUCCACAAGAAACUAAUGGAUCACUGGUCAGCCCCCACGGGGAGCAUCAUCUCUUUGACCCUAAAGAUGUCAAAGGUGUGCAGCUUCCAGAUGGCAUACCCAGGAUCACUGGGCAAUGCUGGAAAGAGCAAAAGAAUAUCAUUGUCCCUGACCACGUAGAUGCUGCGCCGCCUAGCAAAUGCUUGGUGGUUUGACUUCUCCCUCUGUCUGGGGGCAGGCUCAGCAUCUGCCCACUGGUCUCACUAAGAGCUUUCAGAUUUCCCUCCAUAGGACAGGUUACCAUAGCCUUGGGGCUCCUGUGGGUACUCAUUCUCUGCCAGUGGGAAUGUAAAGGCUUCAUCCUUUGUGUGCAACCAUUUGGCAAAAGUAUGCAGGAACAUAAAAUAAAAUAUCCUUUAGCUCAGAAAUUCUACCUUUGGGAGUCACCACAAAAGAAAAAAAUCAAAAUGCAGAAAAUGUGUGGUGCACUAAGAUGAUCACACAGCAUUAAAACUAAAAAAAAAAAAUUAACAAAUUAACAUCCAAACCACAAGGAAAUGAUUAACAAAGUUGUAGUAGAUUAACUCAAUAACAUAAGAUGUAGCCACUAAAAUAUUUGAGAGCAGUUUAGUAUGUCUUGGGAAAAGCGUAAGCUAUAUUAAUUUUAAAAAUCAGAGCAAAAAUAUUUGCAUACUGGAGAAUCCCAACUCUGAAAAAUAAAGGGAAAACUGUAGUUAAUUGUAAUCCUCCUGGAGACUGAGGAGGGAGGGAGAGAAAAUAAUGGAUGGUAGUUUUUCUUCUUCCUUUUUCCACUACAUUUCUGUAUUUUCCAAGUUUUUGUACUAAGCACAUACAACUAUUUUAAUGAAAAA